UGCGGCGAAAACCCGGAACUGCAGAUUUCCCACGGCGCCCGGGAGCCGGUAGUCGCCGGUAGUUGCCAGGCGGGAGAGCUGCCGGGGGCGGGGUGACGCAGCUCCGCUCUCCUCCUCUCUCCCUGUCCCCGGCGAGCUUCGCGGGGGAGCGCCCCGACCCCUGCCGCGGGCCCGGCCGCAGAAAUGGGUCAGGAUCCGACUGAGCAUGCUCGCCGGCUCGCUGCCGCGUCGGACGCCCAGGUGCACCCAGCCGGGCCUCCGGUCGGGCCGCGCGGGGGCGGCGCAGGUGCGAGGUACCCGGCCGGGCCGCGGGCCGGAGUCUGUGUGGGGGUCUGGGUCACAAGUGAGUGGAAUUAGAAAUCCUAUUUCAACAUUAGUUUCAUUACCUCAAGAACUUUCAGCUGGUUUCUUUUUCAGGAAACCCAAAUCUUUCAUGCUCUUCUCGUAUUUAAUAAGCAUCCUUGACAACUGCAUGAGGACACGAAGUUUUCACCUGCUUUUUCGAAGAUGAAGGCCUUGUUCUCACUCUCAGAUCAUUGCGCGGUGUUAGAGUCCAUUUUUUCUUCAGACAGUUCGUCCUCUGAGACUCCACGUUCUCCAGGACCCUGCAGAGCGCGCUCGCGCCGCCUUGGAUGCACUUGGGUGGGCGUGGGAACUUGCUGCUAGCCAUCGGUUUCGGAGGAGAAGACGGGAAUGGAGAGCUUCCAGGGAAAGGAGGCUACAGGCAGGAGAGGAGGAAACUCAGGAACCCAGAGAGAUGCUUUCAGGCUCGUCAGCUCCCCCAUCUCAGCUGUCCUCUGCUGCCUGCGUGUCUCCAGUCUCCCAAAGGACCACCACCCCUUGUCUUAGAAAGGGGAUCCAGGCUUGGAGCCAGCCAAUUGGAUUUGAGCUUUAAGGUUAUCAAGAAGAAUCUUCUCAACAAAUCGACUGUGUAAUGUGGCUGCAGACCCACCUGUGUGUCCCGUGGUUUUAAUGGAAGUGGAUCAGAGUGAGGGAGUUGGAAUCCAUAUCCUGCGCUAUGGUGACUCCUCUUCCUCUGGUCCUGAUGCAGCAUGAAACGUGGCACAAAGGAACGAGGAAAUGUGGCCUUUUGCGCUUGGUGUCUGAAGGGAAUUGCAGAAAUGGAGGAAUUUCUGAAGAACCUGGCAAAAGAAAGAAUGACAUGUAAAAACCUGCCAAAUCCAGAGAGCAUGAAGCAAACAUUCAACAAUACCAGUCAGGUCGACGGCAGGUGGAAAAGGGCAGUGGAGGAGGAGGCCUUCAGAGAUCAUCUGAGGACGAUCAAGGCUGGCGUCAGGCGGUCUCUUUAUGGGCUUCUGUGGUUCUCGAGGUUAUCAAACUGUGACCUUCUCUGGAAUGAAGAAAGCUUACAAAGAACGGUGUGCAAAGUGGAGUGUCGAAAAGAGAAGAAUACCAGGGCCUCCCUCUCCGGCUCUCCAUCCUCCCUAUUCCAAGCUGGACAGGACAUUCUUGGCGACUGAGCUGAGCACACUCUUCCCAGUCGCUCUUUCUUGCUUCACUUCUUCGAGAUCCUCAGAUAACUUCCUAAGCAAAGGUGUGUCUUUGCUCUGUUGUUACGUGUGUAUAUUACAUUGUUAUGUAUGUGUGUUAUGUUAUGUCUUUGUUAUCCACUUGUUAUGGAUUUAUAUCUUUCCUCCCUCCCUUCCUUCUCUUUUCCUUUUUGUCUUUCUUUCUUUCUUUCUUCCCUAUAUUUUAAUGGUAGCUCAGGAGGAGGAGAUAAAAGCAUAUGCUCACCUGCAAUCUUGGUCCAGGGGUUUUAAAAAAAAAUUCAGACUUACAGCAGAGUUGUAAAACUAGUACAAAAAAUUCCCAAAUGCCCUUUACUCAUAUUCCCCAAAUGUUAGCAUUUUACCACAUUUACAUUACUUUUUUUCCCCUGAGAUGUUUGAAAGUUGCAGACAAGAUGUCCUUUUUUUUCUCUAAAGACUUCAGUGUACAUUUUCUAAAACAGACAUUCUUACACUAGUACAAUUAUCAAAAUCAGGAAAUUAACGUUGAUCCUAAUACCUUAUAGGUAGUUAAAAUGUAUCAGUUGUCUAACCAUUGUCCUCUAUUAUAGAUGAAAACUUUUUUCUUGCCCAAGGUCUAAUUCACAAGCACACAUUACAUUCAGAUGUCGUGUCUCUACUUUCCUUUACUUUGGAACACUUCCUGAGAUAUUUAUCUUUCAUAACCUUGGCAUAUUUUUAAUACCAGAGGUUAGAUAUUUGUAAAAUGCCCCUCAGUUUGGGCUUGUCGAAUGUUUCCUCAGGAUUAGAUUCAGAUUAUGCAUUUUUGGUAGCAGUACAUCAGAAAUGCUCUCAUAUCCACCUCAGCGCACCUAUCAAAGUGUGUAUGACAUCAUCUGUCCCGUUACUGGUGAUAUUAACUAUGAUCGCAUGGUUAGGAGGGUGUUGAGGUCUCUUUAAAAGCUUAUAAGGGAUAGCGAAUAGAAAUGACAAAGUCAGAGAAGCAGAGCCACAGUGCGGUACUCUGGGAAUAAGGACCUGGGGAGUGAAGACCUGGAAAAGAGAAGAUCAGAUAAAGAGUUGCUAACCAGUCUUCCCGAAACACAGGGUCAGGUGGCUAACUGACGGACCUUGCAAAGAAAUUCAGGAUGCCGGGUGUGUGCAGUCACCAAAGUCUGGACCUGAGGGACGAACUUCGGAAAGUUCUACGGGACCCU